AUGACCAGUAGAAUGGUUGGUAACCCUAGGAGGCACAGGCACAGGGAUGCUGUGUCAGGUGUCGAAAGGCAGGCAAGGCAACUACUGUCUACUGCUACCGACGUUAAACAUCCGCUAACACUGAGCAAAAAUGCCAUCAUGCGCCAGGAGAGCUCCAUCUUCUUCUUUUUUGCUGAGAUUGGUGCUGCUGCUUGGAGUAGACGCCAGCUUUGUGGCAGAGGAAGAGGCAGAGGCAGAGGAAGGACGGCGGCCAUUGCCAGGAGCCAUGAAGACAAAGGAAGCAGCGGUGAAGAGGUCGUGCCUGCAAGAAAGAGGAGAGGGAGGCCGCAGAAGCACUUCGCCGAUAAAACCGAACAGGUUGAUGUUGAGAAUUUCGUAGAAGAUGUCGAUGGCGGCGAUGAAGAUGGCAAAGAUGUUAAACUGAAUGCAAGUGCUGGUGUGAAGAGAGGCAGGCCACUGAAGGAGAGCCCCAACAUGGUCCUGGAAGAGAACAGCAAUUCCAGCGUUCGAUCAAGCAGCGAUGAAUCGGCCAGGACCAAUGGGUUCAGGCAGAUUGGGAACCGGAGGAAGAGCACGCCCCGGCGAGCAGCGGAGGCAGGGCUGGAAUGCAAGUAG